GUCGAACUGUAAAACAAACUGAUGAACAAGCGGCAGUAAACUUGCUGCAAACUUAAACAUGAAGUAAAAGGCUUAUAUUGUCAAAUUGUGCUGUCUGAGCAAGAUGGAUAUCAAUGUGGGGGAUGUUCAGCACAGUGAAGAGCAGCUGAAGAAUACACUACACUGUGACGACAAGGAGAAGCUUCGCAGGAAGUUAGCACAGUUACAAAGGGAGUAUCUCAAGACAGCUCAGCGGUUACAGAAAGCUGAGCGUUUGGAAGCUGUACGGAGGCAUGUCAGAAACAGGAUUUCACAGCAGAACCAUCAGGAGCACAGAGAACUGGAAGUUACACCAAACUCUUCCUUAUCGAUGAAGAACACAAACAAUGCGAUGGUUCAAGGUACACCCCAAUGUCAGGGGCACACUGAAGGUCCAGCAGCUUCUGAUAAAUCCAUUAGAAACCAGGUAAUCAGGUUUCGGCUUCCCCCUGAUGCUGCUGGUCCACAAACCCCAGAUUCUGGCAGUGAUUCCGCUGGAGGACACAGACCCAGCUCUGCCCUGCGCCUUCGCUCACGACGCAGCCGCCUUCGCCUGGAGAGGAGGAGUGCUGAGGCUGGCAGCAGCACACACAGCAACCAACAAGGACAGGAGCAAAAGGGAAGGAUGGAAAGUGUUAAAACGGUAGUACAAGAACUCGGAACAGUUGAGUCAAACAGAGGGGAGGAAGUGAACGGAAGUGAAGAGCUGUUUUCUGCUACUGAGUUUCCCUCUCUGCUGGUAACACACUGCAACACACAAGAACACACUGAAACUGGAGAUAAACUGGGAAAAGAGGACCAAAGAGACCAGCAGCAACAAGAAAAGGAGGCUGAUUUAACCACUGAGGAGAGGGGGGGAAAUGUCACGCAUCAUGAGAAAAGAAAAGUUAAGACUGACGAGGAUAGUGCUGCUAGUAAGGAAAUGGAAGAAAAAAGGGCGUGUGAAGGGGACGGUAUUGAAAAUAGCGAGAAAAAUCUAACUGAAACAGUAAAAAGUAAAACGACUUGUGAAGAUAUGAUGGAAAUAAAAGAAGAAAAAAAAGAAAUUACAAACGAGGGAAAAGCUGCAAGUCUCCUAGAGUCCUGUACAAUAAUCGAGGGGCUUCUCUUUCCAGCAGAAUAUUAUGUUCGAACCACAAGACGCAUGACGAUUUUACAGAGUCGGCCCGACAUGCAGGCCGUCGCACUGUCCCAGCUGAGCAUGGGACAGCACCGCAGGAGCCGAGGUCGUGGCAGAGCGUCAAACAGGAGCUCGCACACCCGGGACAUUUCCGAUCAGCACACUCAGACAGUAUUCUCCUCGUUGACCACUCCCUCCACACUUGUAGACGUGUGGGCUGCUGACGCUUCUGUGGAGUGUAGUCAGAGCUCCGGUGACAUUUCCAAUCCCAUCACUACAACCCAUUCGGACUCAAAAACUUCUUUUUCAGCACCAGUGACCAUGACUCGUCCUCUAAGAGGAAGGAGGAGGAGAGGUAGAGGCAGGGGGAGACCUCGGACAUCAGGAGAUUCACAACACCGCAACACCUCCGUGUCUUCCUCCCAGUCUGUCCAUGAAGCUGAUGGAACGAACGCCUGCCUCAAUCGAGAGGAGGCAGAUCCAGAGUCAGGUGGAACCCACAGCUCUUCAUCCCAACCUUCUUCUCAAGUUAAUGAAGCUGCUCAACAUGUAGAGAGAGUCCAUCCCAAACGUAAGAUUACAUUUUCUCCACAUUGUGUCCCUGCAGGCACAUCACCCUGGCAAUCUCUCCUCCUGCGCUCAUCUUCAACAUCUGAAACAUCUCAUCUUCCUCCUCCUUUCCUGUUUCCCGCGCUGCUUGUCAACAACCUCAAAAGCUUGGACCUCCACCAAGAUUUCCACCUCCCAGAUGACCAGUUUGCCUCUCUGAAGCUGCACAAACUUCGCCAGGUUGCCGUGGCGUCGGGAGUUGAGCGGUUCUCUACACCGUCCCGCAACACGCGCAGCAGCAUCCGCAGCGUCGGCGAUCCAACCGUGUUUCUUCCGUUCUCGCUCAACCUCACACCGACAGCUACAGACGGACUCUGCGCUGGUGACGAAGACCAGCUGCAGGACUCGUCGACGCAACGCGCCCUUGCAGAUGAAUCGAUUAGCGAGGACUCGACCCAGGUGGGGUCUGAAAGUAUUAAUCCAGAAGCGAAUGUGGAGCAGCAGCUCCGUGCAGAGACACAAGACUGUGAGGUCUGUGUGCGCACGGAGCACGAAACUGGGACUCCUAACACUCAAAGCCAGAGCUGCACAUCCAUCAGAAGCACACACGGACCCAUAAACUGUGACAAACUCAACGCUCGGCAGAGCUCUGUGGACAGAUCGCUGUUCACUGGACGUUCGGAUGAACUUGAGCCGCCAACUGCUGAAAAACAAACAGAGUUUCGUGAAAGGACUAGUUCUUCACAAGCUCAGUUAUCUAGAAGCACCCAAGCAGAAAACAGAGCUAUCACCGAGGCGCCUUCAUUUGAUCGUUCUCAAACUGAAACUCAGGAGAAGCCUGCGAAGAUCUCCAUUUCUUUACAACCUUGUAAUCAGACGGAAGCAGUAGAGUCGCCUGCUCGUAACAAAAAUGCUCCGUGUCCUUUUGCAGAUCCUUCUGAACCCAGCACAAACCUCUCCAAAGACACACUCGUUGAACGUAAGUCCACACGUGGACCUUAUUGCUCUCAGCUUGCCUUGAAAUCUCCUCCUGCUUCGGUGAACUUCUCCUUUAUGCCGUCUCACCCAUCCUCACCCGCUCCAGCUUCCAGCCCGGUGCUGCCCUCCUUAGGAAUCACCCCUCACUUUCCUCUGACUUCCUCCCCUGCUGCGCCAUCCUUCAGCCUCCCUCCUCCUCCUCACAGUCCGUCCACACAGGCUCCGUCUCCUCCCUACCCAUCCCUCGCCUGCCUCCCUCCUAGCCUGCCUCCCCUCUCCACAUGCAGUCACAUUCAGGAGUCGUCGGAGCUGCCGCCUGGGAGCGAUCAGGGUCACACAGUCCAGCCUGCUGCGUGUCCAAGUCCGCCCAGCGUUCAGCUCCACGGCUCGCAUGAGCCCGAAGCUUCGACGGCAGAGGAACCUGCAGAGCGGUGUGCUGUGAGACGCACACACACGCUGAAGGCUGCAGCAGGAGGCUCUCUGGUGGAUGCAUGCUGUCUUCCUGGAUCAUCGGGUGGAUCGUUUGUAGCAGCAGCAGGAAAAUGGGCCGUGUGCCUUUGGGGCCAGACUUCAGCUUCUGACUGGAGCUUUAAACACACCUGGACCUUCAGAGAGCCUGUGAUCAACGUGUUCCCUGUCCCAGACACAGCUGGCCUCGUGUGCGUGACUCUCGGUCAGCUGGAAAUCAGAGAAGUGAGAUUACUGUCGUGCUGCAGCCUCACUGACAUGCUCAUAUGUGAGGGGACCAUGCAGGUAGUUGUAGGUUUGCACAAGUCCCGAGUGGUCGCCUCAUCCCACACAGCGACCGGCUCCACCCUGCAGGUGUUCACACUGUCGGACAGCAGCAGCUCUUUGAGUUGUCAGCCUCUUGCGUCUCCUGGUGUUUGUGUCGGCGCCCUCGCUCCUGUGGACGAGCUUUCCGAUGCUCUGAUCGGCACCGAUGAAGGCGGACACCUUUUCGUCUGGAAUUUAAAUAGUGGGCAGCUGCUGUGCAGAGUCCUGCUGGGUUUUGGUUUUUCACACACAGCCUGUCUCCGAGGUUACUCCCACUCUGGAGUGUUGAUGGUCCUGCUGCAGCACCAGUUCCUGAGCUCUCUGGAUGAAGAAGAAGCAAUGAUCAAAGAUCAGACACUUUCAGAGGUCGAGACGAAGACGGCCUUGUUCUCUUUGGUCGGCAUCAACCCUCUGAAUGGCAAAUCCGUCCUGGCCUCUCGACUCUAUCCACCCAAAGCCUGGUCUGGCAGGCUGUGUGAAGCUGACGUGUAUCGCUCCUGCGUAAUGGGCCUGAACCAGAGCGGGCGUGUUUGUGUGUGGGAGCUCGGAAAACAAACGUCCCGAAUGGUGGAGGCUCCGGAGGGCGAGGACUGGCAGCUGGCUCGAUGGGGGGGAGAAGACACGCUGGUGAUGGGACAUCACAACGGAGACGUUUCUUUACUCCGCUUCUAAAGACGUCUUUUAAUCAGAAGUGAAGUGGGAGGAUCUAAAGUUCAUUUAGUUUCUGCCCUGGUUUAUCUCACUAAAUGGGCUUUUAAAAACUAAAUUCUGGUACAGGUUAUUGUUGGCUACUGUACUUUAAAAAAAAUAAUAAAAAAAUUCAAUGCUAAAACCUGAACACAGUACACGUGUCCAAAAAUACAAGCUAAAAAAUAUAAAUCCGUUCGAUGU